AUGGCUGCCAGAGGCUAUCUCGACCAGCUCGACCAUGCUCGAUGUGAAGGAAACUGGGAUGCCGUCCCAGAGCUCGUCCGCAAGGUUCGAAAGCACGCGCCCGCCAGAGUCUGCCUAGCAUUAACAGCCGAAGUCGAACAUGGCAUUGUCAAAGCCACGAAGUCCCAGAGACCAACCACUGCGCGCCCAGGCACAGCCGCGUCCGGAAACAUCCCGUCGCAAGACAUCGAAGUUGCCGGUCAAUUACCGAAACUUCUGGGUCUGAUUGACGAGGAGCAAACCUACGCAGAAGACCGCUUCCAGGCACAGGUCUGUGCAGGGUGGCUACACUGGGUCAUUGGGGAAUAUGAACUCGCCUCCGUUCGUCUGCCGGAGGGUCUAGAGGAAAACUCAGUCGAGAGCCUGGAGAACAUAUCUGAAUGGACGAGGGUCUGCAUGCUCAAGUCCGCCUAUCUACGGGCCAACUGCUUGGCUCGGAACAACAAUGAUGUCCAGGCGCUGGGGGUGUUCGAGGCUGCGGUGCCUCCCUUAUCCUAUACAUGGAACAGCCAUACGGCCAAGAAGGAGCUUCGGUACUGGUCAGAGCUGUUCCUAACAGAAUUUUGCAUGCUUUUCAAUGGUUGUCGUGACAGGGGACAAGUAUCACUGGAGGAGGGCAAUUCUUUGGUCUGCUUCCGGUCCUGGGCCAGAUGGUGGGAAGGCCCGAAAGGCUCUGCUUUGGUGGGUGGUUUCGGCUUCAAAGGAUCAGUGCCGCGAAGGCGCAUAUGGUUCGAGUACUUUGAAACCCUGUCGACGAUUCUACAACAGGACCUUGCGUAUCCGACAGCGUACACGACGAUCACCGGCGAGAAUUCAGUGCGACAUCACCUUUGGGUGGAGCUGACCCAGGCUGAAAGGAACUUCGAGAGCCUGCUUCUGGGCGAGACAGCCUUCCCCAGGGCCGAUGAGGAAAGGGAAGAGGUUGAGCUCUUUGUGGAGAUGCUCGUCCAGAACUGGGCCAUUUUGACUGGACGUGGUUGGAAUGAUCAGGAUCUUGGCCAGGGCGGCAAGGCUGCUGUCAGCGCGACUGUCCUCGAACUACUGUACCGCGCGUCGAUGAAGACGUUCCAUUCGACUGCCAUAUUGAGGAAUCUCUUCAUCGUUCAUCUCUCUCUGGCUGAGUUCGACCUCGCCCUGAAGGCCUUUGACUCGUAUCUCGAGAUCGUCAAAAAGGGCAAAGCGCGCGUGGAGAAGACAGGACACCAGGAGAAGAGCCUUGAUGCCGAUGCUACCGUCUUGGAGACAAUAUGUCUAUGCAUUUCGGCCCUGAGUCGUUUUGGCGGGAGGGAAGCGGCUGAAAAAGCAAGAGCGCUUGCUACGGAGCUGGAGCACUCGAUCGAGAAGCUCGAGCCGCCACCUACAAACGGCGGCAUGCAGUCAGUCAAGGAAGAGGGGGGCAGGACUUCGGCAACAGGGGACCGUGUGCCAGGCAAGAUCCUCGCGUUAGCCUGGCAGUCGAUUGGACUCGCGCAGGCGCAAUGGGCGCGAACGACAUUUGAUGCGAGUGCUCGGACAGAGGUGCAGAGGAAGGCCAUCAGGUCACUGCGGACGUCUUUGUCGUCUGAUUUUGGCGGUUCUGCGGAUGUCCGUGGCGUGUUCGCCCUCGGCCUGCUUCUUGCUGAGCAGCGAGAGCUGACCACCGCCAUCGAGCUUGUCAAGACUGCCCUGUUGACGAAACCAGCCGAGGACGAAACCUUGGUUCUGCAUAACGGACCCUUUUGGAAAGAGCGGUCAUUGAUUCCCCUCUGGCAUCUGCUGUCGCUUCUUCUCAGUGCGAGGCAGGAGUACAUACUCGCGGCCAGGACAUGCGAAUGUGCUUUCGAGCAGUUUAGGGAUCCAGCCGUGCUGUUUGGACGACAGCAGCUUUAUAAGAGUGAUCAUCUGAACGAAGUAGAGAUGGACCCUGAAGCUCUCAAAGGCCUGGUGGAUGAGAUGGACGACUUCGAGAAAGAGAAUAUUUUGGAGGUAAAGAUGACACAAUUGGCAAUUGUCGAGAUCAUGGAAGGCCCCCGAGUAGCAGUCAAUGCCAGCCUGGAACUCUUGACUCUUUUCUCCCGGCUGUUCGGGAGCACACAGCCAAAGCAACAGAGUCUAGCGCCACCAAAGACUUCAGCUGUCCCAAGGACCUCGGGCACAUUCAGGAGCAUCAGAAGUGGCAUUUUCGGCAAUCGGACUAGCCGGGCUGAUACUGCUGUCCCUCAGCGACCAAAUGAUGCGAAGACGGAGAAGAGCGAGAGCAGGCCCCAAACUGCCAACACCACAAUCACUCGGGCGCCGACGAUCCAAGUCCAUGGGAGUCCCAAUGAACCGCGCUCACGAAGGAAGUCGACCAGCACUGAGAAGCGGAGUGAGUCUGCUAGGAGAAACAGUCUCCGCAAAAAAGAAACUCAUGGUGCUCGGCCGCGCGCUUCCAGCAGUGGGCCAAAUCCACAUGCCGCAACCAUCGUUGACGGAGAGCCAUUCUACACGCCGCUUGGGGAAGGCCAGGGACUGCAGGCCUCUGAUAUAUUUGCCUACGCGCAGGGCCGGAACCCCCUAUCUCGCCCAUCGUCAGCAGUGAACACGCCAGGUGUCACCAGAACGGUCUCCCAAAAUUCCGACUUUUCUCCAAGAGUGAGGGCCACAGAGAUGUCUGGCUUUGCACUAGAGGCCAUGGAGCCGCUUGGCGCUAUCUUGCCGCCGAUACAAUUCGACAAGGAGCACGAGAAGAGGCGUAGAGGGGCUACGCUGGUCAAAAUCUGGCUCAUGAUCGCGGGCUUUUACCGUAGAGCUGGCAUGUAUGAUGAUUCCAAGGGGGCAGUCGCAGAGGCACAGAAGAUUGUACAAAACAUGGAGGCAGACAUGGGCAAAGGGUCAGGAGACACCGGGAAGAAAUCUCCUGGCUCGUCCUCGCUUAGAGAUCCUGGAUGGGCUGGCAACAAGUCGAUCGAGGAGCUCUGGGCCGAUGUCUGGUGUGAGAUGGGACACCUCUCCUUGGCAAAACAAGAUGUAGUCUCGAGUCGGUUGGGGUUCGAGGCAGCUUUGACGCAUUUCCCUGACCACCCUGGCGCAAUAGUCGGUCUUUCCAACAUACUGCUCGACCUCUACUGCGAGAAGAUUGUGCCGCCAAAGGCCUUCCCGGGUCUGGACCUUGUGGGGGGCUCGGACGCCAUGCCUGGGACAGAUCAGAGCACAGCUGACAUUAUAUCGCCGGUACCACAACCAGCAGACCUGGCGAAGCUAUUACCGACGCAGCCACUUGGUCUCGGCGCGCUCAAGAAACCGAAAGGAGAACGAAUCCAACAAGCAGGCGUGCCCAAGAGCCCGGCGUCGCUGCAUCACGAGGGUCACCUCCCACCACCAUACAAGGCCUCGUCAGUGCCGCUUGUCGAUCGUCUUGCAUCCCGCGACAGAGCCUAUGGCCUCUUGUCCAACCUCACCAAGCUCGGCUCGGGCUGGAACUACUCGGAAGCCUGGUUCGCUCUGGCCAGGGCGCACGAGGAGAGCGGACAGGCAGACAAGGCAAAGGAGGUGCUCUGGUGGUGCGUGGAGCUUGAAGAGGGGAUGGGCGUCCGUGAAUGGAACUGUGUGAAUGCGGGAGGGUAUGUUUUGUAA